AUGAACAACAAAAAGUCUUUUAAAAUUGUCCUUUUGGGAGAAGGAAGAGUAGGAAAAACAUCACUCACUCUCCGUUUUAUUAAAGAUGUUUUUGAUGAUAACCAACAAUCGACCAUACAAGCAACCUAUCUUCAAAAAGACAUUAUUGUUGGAAAUCAACAAGUAACUUUAUCCGUUUGGGAUACAGCCGGUCAAGAGAGAUUCCAUGCUCUUGGACCAAUUUAUUACAGAAAUGCCGAUGGUGCCUUGUUGGUAUAUGAUAUUACUGACCAAGAUACAUUUGAUAGAGCUAAAACUUGGGUGAUGGAAUUGAGAAAAGUUCUCGGGGAUGAUAUUGUUAUUACAAUUGUUGGUAACAAAUGUGAUAUGAUUAAACACAGACAAGUAUCGGAAGAACAGGCUUUGGAAUAUGCCCAAUCAGUGGGAGCAAAUCACUUACUAGUCAGUGCUAAAGCAAACAAAAAUGUUGCAGAAUCUUUCUUGGAUCUGACGAAACGAAUUCUUGAAAAGAAGGCAAAUACUCCUAUGGGAGGAUCUCCACAAGCUCAUAGAGCUUCUGUCAGAAUGUCCACAAGAGGUGUCAGUGGAUUAACUAUUCAAGAAAAUCCUAAUCAAAAACCAGUUAAUAACAGAAUUAGUUCUCGAGUUAGUGGACUUACAAUCACAGAUGAAGAACCUAAAAAAACAGAUAAUGGUACCUGUUGUAAAUAAUGAGAUUAUCAUGUUCCGAGUUUAAUUUUUGAUAUUCUAACUUGUACAUUUUAAGAGUUAUUGGUUAAAUAUCAAUAGUAAAAUAUUGAUAUUUAAUAAAUAACAAUGGAGAUAUUUAUUAAAAUUAUCAUCAACCUUUAAU